GUGAGGAGCAGCGCGGAGCGGAGCGGCCAUGCUGCGGCGCCAGGCCCGGGAGCGCCGGGAGUACCUGCAGCGCCGGGCGAGGGAGCAGCAGCAGCAGCGGCAGCGGGAGCGCAGGGAGAGCCUGCGGCGGGCGCUCGACGAGAAUCGGCUGCUGCCCACGGAGCUGCGGCACGAGGCGUUGGCCCUGCAGAAGGAGCUCGAGUUCGACUUCGAGGCACCGGGGGGGACAGGUGACAGCCAGGAUGACGAGUACAGGUGGGCAGGGCUGGAGCCCCCCAAGGUGAUGGUGACGACUUCCCGUGACCCCAGCGCCCGCCUGCGGCUCUUUGCCAAGGAGCUGUGCCUGCUGCUGCCGGGCGCUCGCCGGAUGAACCGGGGCCGCGCCGAGCUGGGCGCUCUGGUGGGCGCCUGCCGGGCCGCGGGCGUCACCGACCUGCUGGUGCUGCACGAGACGCGCGGGCGGCCCGACGGGCUGACCGUGUCCCACCUGCCCCACGGCCCCACGGCCCAUUUCACCCUGAGCGGGGCCGUGCUGCGCCAGGAGGUCGGGGGGCUCGGGGGGGCCCCGCUGGCCGCCCCCCACCUGCUGCUGCUGCGCCUGGACUCCACCCUGGGAAAAAGGGUGGGGAGCAUCCUGAAGCACCUGUUCCCCGUUCCCCGCCCCGACAGCCGCCGCGUGGUGACCUUCGCCAACGAGGAUGACGUCAUCUUAGUGCGGAACCACGUGUACCGGCGCCGGGGGCGGACGGUGGAGCUGGAGGAGGUGGGACCCCGGUUCCAGCUGAGGCCCUAUCUGAUCCGCCUGGGGACCCUGGAGCAGGGGGACGCCGCCGACGUGGAGUGGCGCUGGCACCCGUACACGGCCACGGCCCCCAAGCGCCGCCUGCUCAGCGCCACCUGAGCCCCCCCAGGACCCCCCCAGCACCUGGAGAACCCCCCCAGGUGUGACCCACCUGGAGACCUGAGACCCCCUCGGCAGCUGCACCCCCCCCGCGGCGCGCCUGGGUCUCUCAGAAUCGUUUUUUUAUUUGUUAUAAUAAAUGUUUUUUU